GUCAGGGCAGAGAACGUCCAGGCUUUAAUCCAACGUAGUUAAUGAAAAUAGAUCUGUAUUGUGCCUUUUUCCCACGUUAGAAGAUAGUUCUGUUAUAUAAAAACAGAACGGUGAUUAUAAGACUGUAUCUCUGGGUGUAAUUCUGACAGUUAUGCAACCGAAAAUUGCAAAAACAAAAGAAAAUCCGUGUAAAAUGAUGGUUUACGUGCUAAUAUCAGGUCAAAAAGUGACUCGCUAUGGAUAUGGAGAUAUUAAAUCAUCUGUGGAUUAUGGUUUAUGUCCAAACAUGUCAGUGCAACAUGCAGAAGUAGUCAAUAUCAAACUACCCCUUACUGUUUAAUCAGACGUGAAGGACUGGGUCAGCGUUGGUUUCUGAUGUCUACGCGUCCCGCAGGCCCGGGUGGGGAAGGGAAAGAUUAAAAACAACAAUGGGGGAAGUUUGUCAAGAGGUGAACUCAUGGCUAUCUGUCAUGUGGCGAGUCUGCAACUUGUUCAUGUCUUUAUUCUUCGCUCUUGCGACAUAUGUACAGAUCAAUGAUCCAGACGCAGGGUUAUGGAUGGUUGGUUAUGGUGUCCCUGCAGUCCUGUGUGCAUUCAUUGGCUUGACCCCCCAUUUGACAGAGACGUUGCCAUGGAGGCGUGUUGCUGAUCUCCAUGUGAUGGUUUCCAGCUCCGUUGUUGCCAUGUUGGGAUGGAGACUCUACAGAGAACGGAUCACAGAGAUCUUCCAACAGGAGCAGGGCAGAGAAUUUUCUGGUCUCAUGUUGACCAUCGUUUGGCUUCUCAUGUGUCGCCACUCUGGAAGGGCUCCAGUCGGGAUGCUCCGAGUCUCAACAGCCGUUGCCAUCACGGUCUUCCCGUUUGUGGCCUGGCUCUACUACUACGUCAAUAAGGAGCUGACAGCAGACUGGCCUUCACAUUGUAAAACUGCCAUUUAGACACCGACUUCUUAUUGUUUUGUCUGAUUAAAUAUUAAUUUUGUCAUGUUGUUUGGCUGAAUAUACCGGACCAAGAAUGCUGCUCAAGUAAAACAUUUAGUUUUGACAGAAUCACAUGACAGCUAUAAGGUGCCUUCUGUACUCUCUUUCUCUUUAAAGU